UCGCGGAAAAAUCCGGCAGCGACGGUUUAUAAGUGUCGACGAGACUGUUCGACGGGCGAGAGCGAAUUAGCGUGCCCGUGACCUCCCAUCCGCUCGGCUCUCGGCGCAGCUGCAAAGCACGCGAGCGUUCGCGCUUCUCUCGUCAGCAGUCCACAUCCACGGAGGUGCGAACUGAAGAACGACCCCGAGAACAACAUCGCCAGCGCCCAGCAAGCAUCGGCGACGCGAUAGGGAGGAUCAAGGGAAUCGAGGCAGUUCGCUGGCCACGCGUGUUCGUGCGCUCCGAGUGCGGACACGAUGGCGUCGCCCGUUCGCUCCGUCACGUCUCCCUUCGCCGACCUGUACGACUUCUUCUGGUCUCACCGGGAUCCACGAACCGAGGGAUGGGCCUUCAUCGCCGACGCCAAAUUCACUUUCCCGCUGCUCAUUGGGUACGUCUACUUCGCCAAGGUGGCCGGGCCCCGCUGGAUGAAAGACCGCAAACCGUUCGACCUCAAGUGGGCAAUACUGAUCUACAACGCCCUGACGGUGAUAGCCAACGCUUACUUCGCCAUUCGCUUUCUGUCGCUCACUUACGUGGGCGGUAACUACAGCCUCUUCUGCCAGGGCAUCAACUACAGCUCGCCAAGCGAGAGGGACAUGGCCAUUCUGAGGCUCGGCUGGUGGUACAGCUUCGUGAGGAUCGGCGACUUCAUGGACACCGUGUUCUUCGUGCUGCGCAAGAAAAACGCGCAGAUCACGUUCCUGCACGUCAUCCACCACUUCCUGGUCGUGCUCAGCGGCUGGUUCUUCAUGAACUUCGGCGGCGACGGCCAGCCCAUCUUCGGCCUGUGCGUGAACGCCUUCAUACACGUCAUCAUGUACUCCUACUACUUCCUCGCGGCCCUGGGACCUGCGAUGCAGAAGUACCUGUGGUGGAAGCGCUACCUCACCGAACUGCAAAUUGUACAGUUCAUCGGGCUCAUGAUGCACAUGGCCAUCACGCUGUUUUACGACUGCGGUUACCCAAAGUUCCUCACGAUGCUGGCCCUGCCGCAAGGCUGUCUGGGACUGGGACUCUUCAUCAACUUCUACAUCAAGAGCUACAGGGCGCAGAGGAAGCUCCACGUAAGCGCUGAUAAGCUAAAGAAGCACGACUGAGUGUACGAUGUCUGAUGUCUGCUUCGAAGAAGAUGAAGCAGAAAAAGAAAAAGAAGACUUGUAAAAAAUUAUAACGGUAGGAAAAGAGCCCUCACGAUUAGAAUUGUUGUAAAGAUUUAGGUGCGAAAAAUGGUUGUUUGAAAUGAAGUGCUCAGAACUGUUUGUUCCGUCUUCAUUCUACCCGUAAUAUCAAGAGCGUGCGUACAUUUUACUGAAAAUGGGUUCUGCGUAUUCCAAGACUUGCGAGAGUCUGCACUGCAUGUCGGGUUUCGUUACAGUGGUGGUGUAGAAAAGCACUAUUUUUUUUUUGGAUUCAUUUUGUGUUAACCUGAGCUGACUUCAUUUUUUCAUCGCCGCCUUUCACUCGCACGGCCAACUACAUCCUCACCGACAUCACCCGCAAGAACGUAGAAGAUCUCAUCGCGAGCCUUGUUUUGUGACUGACCAUUGUGGGCCCGAUUAUUUUUGGUCAUUCGACAUGCACUGCCAACUGUAGGAAAUUCGCUGCCGACAAGAAUGUUCUAAUGAAAGAUCACAGUAAUUGAGAGUGUUGUGAUUUCACUUUGAUAAGAAGUGCCAAAUGAGUGAUAUGCACAUUUUUUUCGUUGUUACUGGCACUAAGACUUCGAGAAGUAUGCAGAACCUGUCGGAUUUUUCGUAAUGUUUUUGUUGAGGGUUGGCGUUCGGCGUUAUCCGCGAGAGAAUGACUUCGCGGCGGGUGGUGUAAUACGUUUGCUUUAUCGUCAUUAAAAAAAAAGCAAGCACACAUAUUGCUUUUUCUCCGAGUCUUCCAAUGUUCCUGCAGCCGCAACAUGUGUUCCUGUGCGGCAUUAUAGUCAAAAGUGCUGAUCAAUAAAGUCAUCAUAAGAGCUA